AAUAAGUUCGGCCUCCAUUGUGAAGUGUGGAGAAAAUCUGCUACUGCCCUAAAAGCAAAAUAAAAAAAAUGGAGAAUCCCAUUUUAGCGUUUCUCGAAUCCAAACUCUUCAAUAAACCUUCGGCUCCGAAUCCUUCUAGGGCUCCAGAACCCUUGAUGCAUAAGAAUCGUUUGCAGGAGCAUACUCAAAGAUCAUCCAUACCGCUCCCAGUAUAUCAAACUACUAAUGAAGGAUCUUUGCAUGCUCCAAGGUUUAGGUCUACUGUAGUAGUUGAUGGAACAAGUUAUUCUUCUCCGGAUACCUUUUCACAUAGAAAAGCAGCUGAACAAGAUGCUGCCAAAGUUGCACUAGAGUGUAUAACAAAGAAGAUAAAAGAUGAAGGAUGUCCAAUCAUUCGUGAGGAUACGGUAUUCUGCAAGUCUAUCUUGAACGAAUUUGCUGUCAAGAUGAAUAUGGAAAUGCCAUCCUAUGAUACCAUUCAGUCAGAAGGAUUGAUUCCUCUUUUUGUAUCCUCUUUAGUUUUUAAUGGUGUGACUUAUAGUGGCAAAACUGGUAGGAAUAAAAAAGAGGCCGAACAAUUAGCGGCACGUGCUACUCUCCUCUCUCUUCUCGAUGAUUCUAGGUAUGGAACAUUUCUUUCAGAGAUUAUCAAGUCCAAAGCUAAAUUGUAUGUCGCUUUAAAUAAAGUCAAGGAUUCAAGCAUUUCUCAUAUUGGCACUACACUUGCUGGAGCAAACACAUCGAUACAUAAGAAUGAAGAGGUUGAAACUGCUCUAGUCACUAACAGUGUGUCAACUACUGCAAUUCUACCGUCAAGCUCAGGGGCAAAACGUCCUCACCAUGUGUUCAAAAUUGAAAAAUUAGAAGAAGGUUCUGAACAUAUUGAUCUUCCAAUUGUUUUUGUGCCUACAGCUGUUGCACAGUCUUCAGCUGUUGGUGAAAGCUCUUCAAGAAAGCGACGCAGGAAAAAGAAAAAGGCUAAAUGUGUUGAUACUCAAUCUCCGUGAUAAUUUUGUCUUCCGUAGAGGAGUGCUAGUGGAAGUUGACUAUUUCAUUGUCAUGACAUCAUUUUUAUACUUUUGGUGGACGAAGGCUUCUCCAUUCCAUUUUCUUUUGCUUUCCUUGGAACAUUCAACUGAUAUUCUUGAUUACCUAUUGCUCAUAUUUAUAAUACUAUAUUUACAAUGAUAAUGAAUGUGAUAA